AUGGCUGGGCGAGGAACCGGCGACGCCGACUCUAGUGCCGCGCCACCCUGGCAGAUGCCGCUGAGGGAAGCUUCGAGGAAGGUGGCGGAGCUCGGGCGAGCAGUGAAGGGUCUAUGGAAGGGGAGGAAAGAUGACGUCAGAGGCGCUGGAACGGGAACAGCAGCAGAUGGUGCUGGCGCGGGCAAGCAGAGCAGCAGCCUAGCCUCUCUUGCGCAGUGGCGUGACGCGGAGGAGAGGCAUCCGGCAGCAGCGCUAGCUAGCGGCGAACGAGCCACGCUCAUCCAGUUUCACGCCCGCCACUGCCGCUCUGCCGGUCGCUCAUGGCCGGACGCGGAGGAGAGGCAUCCGGCAGCAGCGCUAGCCAGCAGCAAACGAGCCACGCUCAUCCAGUUCUACGCGCGCCACUGCCACCUCUGCUGUAUAGCUGCUACUUGUAUUCUCUCUCCCUGCCCGUUCCCUCCCUGCCAGUUCCCUGACACGGAGGAGAGGCAGCUAGCAGCAGUCCUGGCCAGCAAGGCAGCCACGCUUAUUCAGUUCAGUUCUACGCCCGCCUUUGCUUUCCCUGACGCAGAGGAGAGGCAGCUGGCAGCAGCCCUGGCCAGCAAGGGAGCCACACUUUUCCCUGACUCGGAGGAGAGGCAGUUAGCAGCAGCUCUAGCCAGCGGCAAACGAGCUACCCUUAUCCAGUUUUACGCCCGCCGCUGCCGCCUCUGCCGGUCGCUCAGCCAGCUCACCGCUGAGCUGGCGCGACGCAACGCUGACUGGCUCAACGUGGUGCCUGCUGACGUGGAGAACAGCCGAUGGUUGCCUGAGGUGGGGCACUACAGCAUCAAGUAUGUGCCGUUCUACGUGCUGCUAGACGCACGGGGGAGAGCCUUUUCCACAGGUGGGGCACUAGAGCAUCAAGUGCGUGCCGUGCUACGUGCUGCUGGACGCGCGAGGGAGAGCCUUCUCAUCAAGUACGUGCCGUGCUACGUGCUACUGGAUGGGCGGGGGAGGGCCCUGGCGAAGACUGGCGAGCCAUACAGCCGCAAGCAUGUGGUGAAGGGUCUGGCUUACCUGGUGGAGAGCAUUCGGCCCUACCGGCGGCGCCCUGCUGUUGGAGAGGGGGGUGACGGAAAGGAGAAGCAGCAGGAGGAGCAGGGGCAGGAGCAGCAGCAGGAGCAGCAGCAGAAGCAGUAG